AUGAAGAGCGAAACCGUGUGGUGCAGGAAAGCCAAACAGCAGUUCCAAACAGCAGCAGAGACAGAGCUGAUAGAGUGGGGGGAGGGGGACCAUGAGGAGGAGUUCUCCCCCAGUGGAGCCGGUGCCAGUCCCAGAGUCCUCAACCCCCUGAGGCUGUUCGCUAGGGGGGUCCCUGGAGCCCCCGGGGCCGCCGGGACCCCCAGCCUUAAACACAACCCCAUCAGGGACAUGACAUACCUAGAGAGCAUGGAGGACUUCUGGGAUUGGUUAUCCAACCAGACAGAUGUUCAGGCCAGCCAGGUCAGAACCAAGCGACGACCCAUCAUCAAGACAGGCAAGUUUAAGAAGAUGUUUGGCUGGGGAGACUUCCAUUCCAACAUUAAGACUGUCAAACUCAACCUGCUGAUCACCGGGAAGAUUGUGGACCACGGUAACGGAACGUUCAGCGUUUACUUCCGCCAUAACUCCACUGGCCUGGGGAACGUGUCGGUGAGUCUGGUCCCGCCGUCUAAAGUGGUGGAUUUUGAGAUGGCUCAGCAGUCCACACUGGAGACAAAAGACUCUAAAGCUUUCAACUGUCGUAUCGAGUAUGAGAAGACGGACCGCAACAAGAAGACGGCUCUGUGCAGCUUCGACUCCUCCAAGGUGUGUUACCAGGAACAGACACAGAGCCACGUCUCCUGGCUCUGCUCUAAGCCCUUUAAAGUCAUCUGCAUCUACAUCGCCUUCUAUAGUGUGGACUACAAACUGGUGCAGAAGGUCUGCCCGGACUACAACUACCAUAGUGACACUCCCUACUCCUCCACUGGCUGAAGGU